CGUUAGUGUGUGAGACACGAGUUUAGCAGCGAAGUACUGACACACCGACUUACCGGUAACAAUGGCCUUACGCGUACGAGCACUGGUCGUCUUGCUGUUUGUGGGCGUCGCAAAGCUGUCCUACGCGCAGCAGUGCCUUAAGCCACAAGGAGAAGAAGUGAUGAAGAAGGCUGGCCAGGUCGCGGCGGAACUGAUGAAGCAGUGCGUGCAUCUGUUGGACAAGCACCCCAUGCCUCUCAGCAUGAUCGCUGAUGCUAUGAAAACCCUUUGCGACGACUACGUGGCGUGCCAUGACAAGCACCAGGAUAUGAUCAACAAGCCUGAUGAGUACAGAAAGCUACUCAUUACUUGUGGUCAUCCACAUCUCGUAAAUUUUUUCAAAUCUCGAUCGGAAUUCAAACAUGAUCCAGAAGCUGUAGCGACGGAGAUUGGAACCUGCAUCAUGGACCAUAUACCAUUGACCAAAGAGAUGGGCAUUGCGACGACCUACUGGAUCCUCAAGAUCAUGGGAGCACACGAGUGAACAACUGCAGUCGCUUGGUGGACGCAGUUCGCGUGUAAUAUCUCAAAUUCUCAAAUAAAGCUUGUCAUUAAAACCAAUCGCAACUCAGUGAGCGAAAUAAAAAAUCUCAUAACAAA